CCCGUUCAUCAUCCAUCGCUUCAUUUCCCCCAAUCUUUCCCCAUUCCAUCACUACCUUCUCCUCCUCAUUCUCCCCCCCACUCCACCUCUUCUUCUUACACAGGCCCUUUUUAGCCUCCCUUUUCAGCUUCACCUUCCUGCCAUCAUGUUCCGCUCCGCUGUCGUCCGCUCCCUCAGGGCCUCCGUCCCUCGUGCCGUCAAGACUCCGGCUCCCUUCCAGAUCCGUAGCUCUCCUGUCGCUCGUCCGGCCCAAUUCGCCCCUCGCUUUGCCUACCAGGGUGUCAGACUCUACUCCGCCCCCGCUGGUCUCAACAAGGAUGAGGUUGAGGGUCGGAUAGUCAACCUGCUGAAGAACUUUGACAAGGUCUCCGAUGCUAGCAAGAUCAACGGUGCCUCUCACUUCGCGAACGACCUCGGUCUGGACAGCUUGGAUACCGUUGAGGUCGUCAUGGCCAUUGAGGAGGAAUUCAGCAUUGAGAUCCCCGACAAGGAGGCCGACUCCAUCCACAGCGUUGACAAGGCUGUUGAGUACAUCCUUGGUCAGCCCGAUGCUCACUAAAUAUGAACGUAAUGCGAGGACUCGGAGUGGAUUGGGGGAUUUAGAAUAGAAAGGAAAGGGACUUCUGGCGUGCAUCUACAUGGGACUUGCCAUAGUGGAGGUACCCGGAGUCGGUCACGCUACUCUGUAUGCUGAUACAUGCCUGUGCUCUUUCACUCUAUUAUAUCGUGUAUAUCAUCUUCAAUGCAGUUUUGACUGAUUUUGGCUGGU